UUGUUAUCCAUGGAAGAUCCUCAGUCCCCUUCUCAGUCCGUGCCCGUGUGAUGUAGAGCGGGGUGUGAACUGAGAUGGGGCAGGAGGGUGGGAGGAGAGAGAGAGAGAGGGAGAGGGAGAGAGAGAGAGAUGACUGGAUAUACGAGUCUGAGCCACUUUCUUCGCCUGUUUAAUUGUUGAAAGCUGAGAACCGCAACACGCGGUGACUUAUAUCGGGAAAACAGAACAGGGGCAUUUCCCUCACAAUCAUGAGUAUGGGCUUCUGGAUUUAGAGAGAUCGCAAGGCGUAUCUCCUGUGGCAUUUCUGUGGAUAAAAUUCCCACGACAUCAAGGACUGAUCUUAUGCUGAUUAACGACAGAUCGCGAAAGCACGUUCCGGGGAACAGGGUGCAGACUUCCCUGAUGUCGGCAUGUUGUGGAUCCUGUGCAGAUUACGUGGGAGCUCACUGUGAACGAGACUGGAGUGCUGUUUCAAUAAAGCAAAACUGAAAACCACAAGGAAGCAUCGGUGCAUUUGGGAUUUUACUGCUCUCUGUGACAGACUGCGUUUCAGGGCAGAAGAAAAUCACCACGUUUUUUUUGUUUUUUUUUUAACCCCCAGUGUGACACUUUGGGACAUCGGACGCCUGGCUACAAUGGCACAAUGUGCGCUACUGACUGUGUCAGAUGGAAGAAAGCGUCUGUUUUCAUUUGUGGUUUAGCCAAUCCGCAUUUCCACGUUUCACGCCAUGCACACAGCCUCUCUCUCUCUCCGUCCGUCCUGAGAGCGCAACAUGUAUUUCCUGUAAGUGUUUCUUCCUCUCCUUUUCCCACGGACGACUGUGGAUCCUUCGGCGUAAUGGACGGAUAGCGAACACACGACGAACGCAAACAAGCGGAAUUCACUUAGCAGUCAUGUGAAAGCGGGAUGAUAUACGACGUUAAACCACGAAGGCCAUUUUGAUAACGGCAGAGGCUUUCCGUGCAAUAUUGCAUUGCGUUUUCGUUAGCGUCUCAGUCAUAUCCAUUGGACUUCUUCUUCUUCUUGGGAAAACGCAGUCACCUGAGCUUAAUUUUACUUCUCCAAAGCAUGUGUUACACCUGAAAGAGGAGAAGAAUAAUUUCAUCGCUUCCUUCCUGAAUCCUGCGUUCAUUGUCUCCGCGAGGCUUCACCAUGGAAACCUGGCGCGAGCGACCAUGAUGGCAAACCGGGCAGGAAGCACACACAGCGGCUCAUAUGUAAACAACCAUGGCUAGAGGGACACAUCUCUCCUAAACAGACCCCCUCCCCUAUAUGGACAACUGAGAUGCAGUCUGUGGCCUGCCUGCUUUUUGCACAUCUUCCUGAAAAAAAAAAGUGUUUCUGUACUAGGCUACUAUUUCAAAUGCCAAAGUGUUAAUUCUUACAAGUAACCAACAAAAAAAACCCAGAUUGAUGACAAGAAUUUGUGUGAAAUAAAAUAAAUGUACGUGCAAGAUCCAGUUCCACUGCAGGGAGUGACGAUCAGGAGACCACACUGUCUGCAGAUGUAAUUCUCAGGUCGAAAGCUUGUUUGACAUGGGUGUUAAGAGGGUGCCAGACAAGCCAGCACAAUGCACUUGUAAUGUCCUGUUUAGGAACUGGUUAUUUAAAGAGUAACAGAAACAAUAAGGAUCUAUUUUUCAUUCUCCAUUUAGUGUAUUGGGUCUUCAAAAUGCCUCGGAACCGGGCCUUCUCCGAGCCAGAAUACUCUGCUGAGUAUUCGGCAGACUGCUCGGUCACGUUGCCAUCUGAUCCAGGCCAAGCAGUGGGAAGAACCCAUGAGGUCACCGUGCGUAACUCAGGCUGCUGUUUGUGUCUCCCUCGUUUUAUGCGUCUCACAUUCACCCCAGAUUCACUAGAGAACCUUUACCAGACCUAUUUUCGGAGACAGCGGCAUGAAACCCUGCUGGUCUUGGUGGUGUUUGCAGCCCUCUUUGACUGCUAUGUUAUUGUUAUGUGUGCUGUGGUCUAUACCACUGAUAAGCUGGCGUCAGUGGCAGUGGCCUGUGUAGCAUUAGCUGUGGACAUUGUGCUUUACUUACUGUGUCGCUAUGGCCUUCUGCCUGAGCGGAUUUCUCGCCGGCUAGUGCCCUAUGCCCUGUGGGUGCUCAUAGAUGCCCAGAUCUUCUGUUAUUUAGGAUUGAACUUUGCCCGCUUCCAUCAGGCCAGUGACACAGUAGGCUGGCAGGCCUUCUUCAGCUUCUCCUUCUUUUUGACAUUACCUUUACGAUUGACACCUAUAGUGCUCAUCACAGCUGUUUCAUGUGGUGUGCAUACAUUGGCGCUGGGCGUCACCAUCGCGCAGCAGCAGCAAGAUGACAUCCAAGGAGCUGCUCUUGGGAGACAGCUUUUGGCCAACAUCUUGAUCUACACCUGUGCAAUUACUGUGGGGCUCAUGUCAUAUUACAUGGCUGAUCGCAAACACCGCAAGGCCUUUUUGGAGGCCAGGCAGUCUCUGGAGGUGAAGCUGAAUUUAGAGGAACAGAGUCAGCAGCAGCAACGUCUACUGCUGUCUAUUCUGCCCAAGCACAUAGCAGAUGAGAUGCUACAUGACAUGAAAAAAGAGGCCAGUCAGAAAGAGAUGCAGCAGUUCAACACUAUGUACAUGUAUCGCCAUGAAAAUGUUAGUAUUCUGUUUGCAGACAUCGUGGGUUUCACCCAGCUCUCUUCUUCCUGUAGUGCACAGGAGCUAGUCAAGCUGCUCAAUGAGCUGUUCGCCCGUUUUGACAAACUGGCUGCUAAAUAUCACCAACUGAGGAUUAAGAUCCUUGGGGACUGCUACUACUGUAUCUGUGGCCUUCCAGAUUACCGGGAAGACCACGCAGCCUGCUCCAUAAUGAUGGGAUUGGCCAUGGUGGAAGCCAUUUCCUACGUUCGAGAGAAAACACAGACAGAUGUUGACAUGCGUGUCGGGGUGCAUUCUGGGACGGUUCUUGGCGGGGUGCUGGGCCAGAAGCGCUGGCAGUACGAUGUCUGGUCCACAGAUGUCACAGUGGCCAAUAAAAUGGAGGCUGGAGGUAUACCUGGGCGGGUACACAUCUCGCAGAGCACACUUGAGUGUCUUCAUGGUGAAUUUGAUGUAGAGCCAGGGAAUGGAGGUGAACGCUGUGAAUAUCUGAGGGAGAGAGGCAUAGAGACGUACCUGGUUGUCGUUCCCAAAGGGCCAGUGAGCAAGAAUGGCAUUAAUGGAGUGAAGCUGUCGGUGACCUCAUCUAAUGGGAACUCUCCUCUACUGAUCAACACUACAGAAUGUAACGGCAGCGUACACACAGCCUGCACCACACCUGAAGAACCAGAGGAGCUGGACACACGGGUGGUGAAUCCCUCGUUUCCAAACCCACGGCGGCGUCUUCGUUUGCGAGACCUGGCAGAGCGAGUUAUUGAUGCUCAGGAAAAUGAGCAGGAGCUAAACAAACUUCUUAAUGAAGCCCUCCUGGAGAGAGAGACAGUGCAGGCAUUAAAGGGAAAGUACACUAACCGCCUUUCAUUGCGCUUUGUGAACCCUGAACUGGAGACGCGAUUUUCAGUCGAAAAGGAGAAGCAGAGCGGAGCCGCCUUCAGCUGUUCCUGUGUAGUGCUGCUUUUUACAGCAGCAAUUGAGGCACUUAUGGACCCUCUGUUGAUAGCCAACUAUGUGACUCUAGCUGUGGGGGAAGUGCUGCUGCUGAUUCUCACCAUCUGCUCCCUGGCAGCCAUUUUCCCACGGGUAUUUCCUAAGAGACUGGUGUCAUUCUCUACAUGGAUUGAUCACACACGUUGGGCUCGCAACACUUGGGCCAUGGCAGCCAUAUUCAUCCUCACGCUGGCUGACAUAAUCGACAUGCUAAGCUGCCAGCCUCCACACCCUGGUGGGGACGUUCCUCCAGCCCCAGGUGGACACGGCGGGUGUUUGGAGAACCCAAAAUAUUACACCUACAUUGCUGUAUUAGCACUGAUUGCUACUACCAUGCUGGUGCAGGUCAGCCACAUGGUAAAACUUACUCUGAUGCUACUGAUCACUGUAGCCUCGGGAAUCGUCAAUAUUUACAGUUGGAGGGACAUCUUUGAUCAGUAUGAUGUAACCCACUAUAAGAAGUACAGAAUAUACCUCGUGCCAUCCAAAUAUACGAUGACUGUGAUGAUUUUUAUUAUGAUGGUCAGUUUCUACUACUUUGCACGACAUGUGGAAAAACUGGCCCGAACGCUGUUUCUGUGGAAAAUUGAGGUACAUGAGCAGAAGGAGAAGGUGUACGAGAUGAGACGCUGGAACGAGGCCCUGGUCACGAACAUGCUUCCGGAGCAUGUUGCCCGGCAUUUUCUGGGCUCCAAAAAGAGGGAUGAGGAACUGUACAGCCAAUCCUAUGAUGAGAUUGGGGUCAUGUUUGCAUCUAUCCCAAAUUUCUCUGACUUCUACACAGAGGAGAGCAUUAAUAAUGGGGGUAUUGAGUGUCUGAGGUUCCUCAAUGAAAUUAUCUCUGACUUUGAUAGUCUUUUGGAUGAGCCUCAGUUUCGCUCUAUAACCAAGAUUAAGACUAUCGGCAGCACUUAUAUGGCAGCAUCAGGAGUCACUCCUGACACCAAUGCUAAUGGCUAUGCUUGCAUGAAGCAAAAGGAGGAAUUGUCUGAUAGGGAGCGCUGGCAGCACUUGGCGGAUCUGGCAGAUUUUGCUUUGGCCAUGAAAGUUACUCUGAUGAACAUUAAUUAUCAAUCUUUUAACAACUUUAUGCUUCGCAUUGGGCUAAAUAAGGGUGCUGUUCUGGCUGGGGUCAUAGGGGCUCGGAAGCCUCAUUUCGACAUCUGGGGCAACACCGUUAAUGUGGCUAGUCGCAUGGAGUCCACAGGAGUGAUGGGAAACAUUCAGGUGGUGGAAGACUGCUAUAACAUUCUUAAGGACUAUGGCUUCCGUUUUGUGAGAAGAGGACCAAUCUUUGUUAAAGGAAAGGGGGAAUUGCUCACUUAUUUUCUAAAAGGACGAGAAAAACAGGGUUCCUUCAUCAAUGGCUCCUCUGUCACACUGCCCCAUCAGGUGGUGGACAGCUCUUGACCGACAUGCACAUAAAAUCUGCAAAUACAAAACUUCAAGCUAACCAUCGCCCACUCAAUAUAUGUAACAUAUUAAGUUAAACCUUUUAUUGGGGAAUUUCACAGAUUUUAAAAAUCUAUUAUAAUUCACUUGAUGAAAACCCAAGUCAUGGACAUUGAAUAGAAGAGAAAAAUUCCUAACAUGUGUGAUAGGAACCUGGGGUCAUUUAAACAAAGUGGCAUGUAAGUGAUUUAUAUAUAUAUAUAUAUAUAUAUAUAUAUAUAUAUAUAUAUAUAUAUAU